CCGGGAAGGGGGCGGGCGGGAACGGUGUGAGGCGAGCGGCGCGAGGGAGGCGAUGGCGGUGGCGCGGCGGCAGAAGGCGGCGGGCGGGGGUAAGCGCGGUCCGCCCGCCGCCCUCCUCAGCCCGCCCUCCUCGGAGGACGAGGCCCCGGAGGAGGUGUCCUUCGGCGUGGCGAAGGAGGCGGCCGAGACCGAACGGAAGCUCGUGGGGGAGGCGGUCCGGAGGCACCGGGAGCUGCUGAGGGAGAAGCGGCGGCGGCGGCAGGAGCUGUUCACGGAGCAGAAGAAACGGAAGCUGCUCCCCGAGGCCCUGCUGCAGGAGCUGGCCGCCGCGCCGACCGACCGAGGCGAAGGGCAGGCUGCGGCAGCUGACCGAGGUAAGCACCAUGGAGGUGGGGCUGCGAAGCAGAGACAAGGCCGAGCCCAAAGUCGGGUGAAGAAAGACAAGCAAAGAAAGAGUGCCAGGUCAAAAGGAAACUAUACAGCUGUGUGCUUAAAAGAUCAGAGUAUAACAGGCCUCCACCAACAGCUCGCCAAAGACUUUUUAAACACUCAUCUCUAUGGACCAGAUGCCAACCGGGCACAGGCAAAUGAUUUUUUUUCCCUUGAAAACAAGAAAAACCCAGUUAAAAAAGCUGCAGUUCAGUUUGUGGACAAAUCUUGGGGGCAAGAAAAAAAGGAGAGAGCAACAAGGUUUAAAAAAAUUUGGCUUGCAACACAGAUUAAAAAUCGAGUAUGAAGACUGCUUUUUCAGAAGAUGCUAUUAAGGACUUUUACUGAAAGUUAGUCUCUCAACACAACAAAGGUGGUUUUUUUCCCCACUUCUCUCCCAUCAUCGCUCCGCUUUCAGCACUAGUCAACAGCCACCAGAAGGCACUAACCUUCACAAACUGACUGACUUCCCUCUUCUCUUCUUUUGCCUCCCUGCCCUGUUCAGAAGUGGCUGGGAAAGCUAAGAAACAGCUGGGCCAGGGCAGUGACUGUGUGUCCUUAAUACUGAUUUAGAACAGCUGGUGUUCAGAGCAGGCUUGUAGAGCUGCCUCCACAAGGCAGCUCCUUCGCAGAGAAUAAAGAUGAAUGGUGUUGUA